GUAACCGGCGGCCAAAUGGCGACACCAUGGACUAUUUAAAAAGAGCGACACACGGAAGUGCUACUGUAAUUUUUGCACUGAGAAACAUGAUUUUUGUGUUGCUUUUCGUUUCCCUUCUGUGUCUGCCGUUUAAUUCUUCAACCAAGAAAAAUGACAGACCCAUAAUUGGUGUCCUGGCUCAAGAAGUUUAUUCACCAGAACCCAAUAAAACUUCUUACAUUGCUGCUUCUUAUGUCAAGUACCUGGAGUCAGCGGGAGCGAGGGUUGUCCCUAUCAUGAUUAACAAGACACUGGAGGAGUACAAGACACUGUUCAACUCCAUUAAUGGGAUCCUUUACCCGGGCGGCAGUGCCAGCAUUACCUCAUCUGGUUAUCAAAGGGCUGCAAAGAUCUUUUAUGAUCUUGCUAUUGAGGCAAAUGAUAGAGGCGACUAUUUUCCUGUGUGGGGCACCUGUCUUGGAUAUGAGCAGCUGACCUAUUUGACAAGUGGAAAGAAUGUACUGUCACGUACCAAUACGCUUGAUGUGUCAUUGCCUCUUGACUUCACUAAUGAGACCCAAGACAGCCGGAUGUUUAAACUCUUUCCAGCUGAACUCAUGACAGAUCUGGCUUCUGAGCCGCUGACGGCAAACUCUCACAAGUGGAGUGUGUCAUUGUUGACUCACAACACAAACGAGGAACUGAAGAAGUUUUACAAAAUUCUCUCCACAAAUAUGGAUGGAAACAUAGAGUUUGUGUCAACAGUGGAAGCUUAUGAUUACCCAAUUUAUGGGACACAAUGGCAUCCAGAAAAAAAUGCAUUUGAAUGGACGAGGCCUUAUGUUUCACACUCUCCAUCAGCAGUCAAGACCACCUUCUACAUGGCUUCAUUUUUUGUCAAUGAAGCCAGGAAGAACUUUCACAGCUUUGAAUCCGCAGAGGGGGAGAGCGAAGCGCUGAUAUACAACUACAAUCCUGUUUACACUGGGCAGCAGAGUGUCUUCGAGCAAAAAUAUUUUUUCUGAUGUCUGUUUGCAGAGUGCUUUCCAUAUUCAGCCGCUGAUUGGCUGUCUCUAUCGUGUCACUUGUGAAUGUUUACAGGUAAUUUCUACUUGUUUGGUUUUGCAUUUGCUGCUCUCUCUGUUUGUUGAAUCUGCAACAAAACAAGCUGAAAACUAGAAAAAGGAUAGUUUUAUACAUGCAAUAUAAAUCCUGAUGCAGUACAGGAUAAAGUUUGUGUUGAAUUUCUUAAAGCCAAUACAUUUUGAUGCUGAUAAUGAUUUUUCAAAGCUGCACAAAUCAGUGUAUUUAUAGCAGCAUUACUCUUUGUUAUGUGAAAGGGGUUGCUCAUAGUGAUGAACCCAUGGAGAAUUAUCACUCAGCCUCGUGGUUCUCCUCACCUCUACGGACCAUUUAAUCAUUUUCCACUCCCUGUUUUGGUUUUCAGGCCCGCAAACUCUAUUCUCAUUAACCCUGCUUUCAGUCACAGAAGGCAGCUGUUUUUAGCAAAAAUGUUCUUACAAAAACUACCCAAAACCAAAUGGUGAACAGUUUGCGACUUUCUGGUGAACAUGGUUACCAGCUAAAGAGCCAGAAUAUCUCUCCGGAUUUAUGGGAAACCAAAACAUAGCUGAAAAGAGUUAAUGCUUGAUCAAUGCUUGUUUCAAAAGGUGGACAGAAAUGUGGCUCUAUCCUAAUGAUUGCUCUGUGUCUGUAAGAAUAAGCUUUUUUUUUUGCUAACAGCUUUAUACUUUAUACAGUGAUAAUGUGUAAAUAUUCAGCUUGCAGGGUGUUCUGCUGCCCCCAAGUGGCCAAAUAAAUAAAUAAAAAAAAUUAACUAAUGAGA